UUGGAAAAGUGCCCUAAUGAGGAUCGAACUUAGUCGUAUACGACAUGCAUCCAGCUUAUCUGAGGGAUGAAGCGUAUCGAGAUGAUGAUCCUUUCCGUUUAAAGAGGAUUUUUCCAUUUUUGGUCGCCACGUGCGAAAGCCAUAAUAGUUUCCGGAAUGAUGAUCGCGGGCCAUGAAGAGGCCUCCUAGGAGCUCCGGCACACCGCAUUACGCAAGACAUGCUCUGCUACGCUUUGCUUCAAGCCCACGAUGUUGUGGCCCAUGAGAUCUAUGGAGAGGAUGCGAUGCGGGUCACGCCGCCUCCUCUUCUACCAUACCUCAACGGUGGUGACGACCUCGAUGGACCCAAUGGUGAUGUUGAAAUGGAAAACGUGACCCGGGUCAGGCUAGUGCAAUUCCAGAAGAAUACUGAUGAACCUAUGGGGAUUACGCUGAAGAUGAACGAGGAUGGUAAAUGCAUCGUAGCGAGGAUAAUGCACGGCGGGAUGAUCCAUCGGCAGGCCACGCUCCACGUCGGCGACGAAAUUAGGGAAAUUAAUGGCAUUCCAGUCAUGAAUCAAUCCGUUAACACCCUUCAGAAGAUCCUCAGAGAGGCCAGAGGCUCAGUUACCUUCAAAAUAGUACCUUCGUACAGAAGCGCUCCGCCGCCUUGCGAGCUAUUCCGGAUUAAGCCUCUACCAGUCUUAAUCUUCGUGAGGGCGCAAUUCGAUUACGAUCCACUGGAGGACGAGCUGAUUCCUUGCGCACAAGCCGGAAUCGGAUUCAAAACCGGCGAUAUCCUUCAGAUUAUCAGUAAAGAUGAUCAUCACUGGUGGCAGGCUCGGAAGGAUAACUCCGCUGGAUCCGCCGGUCUUAUACCAUCUCCUGAGCUGCAGGAAUGGCGGGCCGCCUGUGCCGCCAUGGAAAAAACUAAACAGGAACAAGACGUGGAAAAGGGAUGCACUUCUCAUGCGAAUGGUUGUGAUGGUUCUACAGUCAAUUGCUCAAUCUUCGGUCGCAAGAAGAAACAAUAUAAGGAUAAAUACUUGGCUAAACACAACGCAGUUUUUGACCAAUUAGAUUUAGUUACUUACGAGGAAGUUGUAAAGUUACCAAUUUUAGUGACAGAUCCGGCAUUCCAGAGGAAGACGCUCGUGCUGCUGGGGGCCCAUGGCGUUGGAAGGAGACACAUAAAGAACACCCUCAUAGCCAAGCAUCCAGACCAAUACGCUUAUCCCAUUCCACAUACAACGAGACCUCCGAGGGCGGACGAGGAGAAUGGCAGGAACUACUUCUUCGUAUCCCACGACGAGAUGAUGGCCGACAUUGCGGCUAAUGAGUAUUUGGAGUACGGUACUCAUGAAGAUGCCAUGUAUGGAACAAAGCUGGAGACUAUACGUAAGAUCCACCAAGACGGGAAGAUGGCAAUAUUGGAUGUGGAACCGCAGGCCCUGAAAAUCCUGAGGACGGCCGAAUUCUCACCGUACGUUGUGUUCAUCGCUGCGCCGGCACUGCAGAACAUCGCCGAUUACGACGGAAGUUUGGAGCGAUUAGCUAAGGAAUCGGAUAUGCUGAGGACAGCCUACGGCCACUACUUUGACUUGACUAUAGUAAACAAUGAUAUAGAUGACACGAUUGGAAACCUGGAGGCGGCGAUCGAGAAGGUGCAGACAACGCCUCAAUGGAUCCCAGUUUCGUGGGUGUACUGACAACGGGAAUCCGUUGAUUUCGGCUCGCUGCAGCACUUCUAGGGACAUCAAAUUCUGAUAUUUAUACAUACAUACAUUGCAUAUAUAUAUUAUAUAUAUUCUAUUACAUUAUAUUCUCACUUUAAUCGCAAAGAGAUGAAGAAAGAAAGAAAAAAAAAGCAUAAAGAAAUAACUAAUAAUUAUAAUGAGAAACAGAAUAAUCUAUUUACAUAGGUAAUUGUUAAUAUUUACAUAUAUAUAUAUCUAUUGAUUUUGUAGGUGAAAAAUACACAUUUUCUAAAUCAUGUUAUGAACCCAAAAGAUAUAAAGUGAAAAGCGAAACCCGAUUUGUAGAAGAUGAAGUUGCGAGGAGGAAAACCUAAGUUAAUUUUAAGCAAAAAAAAAUAACAAACCUUUGCCAUUCUAUGUGUAAUUGUUAACAAAACCAUUUAUGUAGAUAGUUCAAUCCGGACUUUUAUGAUCCCACUUAGAUCAAAUUCUUAUAUCCCCCUUUCUACUUGUAGUAGAAUUACCCAACUACACUAACUACAUUCCAUUUCGUUCUUUCCUCGUUGUUCUGUUUCCAUUUACACACUCUACACAUUCCUUGAUCAAAGACG